UCCAUGGCUCCCCGCCUUCCAAGGUCACACGAGCGCCUCAACCUGCACUCUAUGAUGUGGAUCUGUACCCGCCGGCCACCACCAUCCAUGGCUCCUCCGCUACUGGGACACGGCGUCGUCCCAUCUCCGUUCUGGAUAUCACCAUGCGACACCAACGCUUGUCCUCCUCCUCCACCAUGGCCCUGCUCAGACCACGCCGCCAUCGAUGCCACCGUUGAGAAUCCACCCCAACUCGAGCAGUUCACCGGCGUCAUGGAGGAAGCGCUAAGCAGCUGCAUUGCAAAUAUGAGGAACAUCAUCCGUGCAAGAAGUUCAGAUUCACUCGACGGCAAGAAAUAGUGUCAUAUUUUUCUUCCAAAUAGUAUGUACCAUUCCCCACAUUGAUACUUAUGAUCACCCAUUUGAUAUCUCCUUUUCCUAGUUACAGUUCAUCCAGGUCAGGAGUAGGAUUUAAGGUUCAUGAUCCAACUAUAAGAGACGUGUAAAAUCCUUUGCCCUUGACAUGGUAUGGUACAUUCUGCUAUUUCCCUACCUGUCUCCAAAUUCAUGUAUUGAUUAAUUUUGAUUCAAGUUUUCUAUCUUGCAAGAUCAUGCUAUCUUCAAUAUGCUCAAGAACAUCUGAAAUGCACCUAGACAUUAUAUUUCAGAGUAUUGACAAUGAAACUGUACCAGGAAAGGAUUAUUACCAGCAGCUUUGCUCAAGAUAUGAAUGCUCUGUUAUAACAAUGAACAAGCCAGGGAUACGUUCAGGGGCUCCUAUCAUGGGCCAUACUAUAUGUCAUCUUAAUUUAGUUACUCCUUUUACUACUUGCUUCUUGGAAUUUCCUAUUCUCUUGUUAUCCUCCCUCCGUUCCGAAUUACUUGUCGUAGAAAUGGAUGUAUCUAGACAUUUUUUCCAUUUCUACGACAAGUAAUUCUGAACGGAGGGAGUAGUACUUAACAGUUCUAGUGUAUUCCUCAUAUUUAAGCUCACCGUGUUCUUCCUUCUCCCUUAAGUUGUAUUUGGUUUUUCUUUCUUAUAUUAAAGAUUGAACAAUUGCAGUGCAAGCACACAAUUGGAUGUUCCUGCUG